AUGGCUCUCUUUGCAAGAAAGUUGUCAAAGCAAGAUUCUGCCUCUGUCAAAGAAAAUAGGAAAUCAACUGCCAUGGAUGAUCCCGAAUGGAAGUCCAUUCUUGAAAUCAAUUCUGAAGUGCUCAAAGUUUGGCGACUUCCGGAUAAAGGACCUGCUAUCCCACUUCCAGAGGAGCAAGUGGGUUUCUUUAUGAGCGACGAAAAGUACGUCGUAUUGAAGACGUCCAAUCACAACAGAAAGCUCGUCUAUGAUUUGCACUUUUGGGUUGGUCUCAGUGCUGCCCAAAAAAUAUCUUCAGAUCCUCCAGAAAAGGUGGCUCAAGUGAUGUCUCUGCUGGACGACAAUCUAAUCAUACACCGGGAAAUCGGCGAGUUCGAAUCACCACGAUUCAAGUCUUACUUUAAGGAAUUUGGUGUUCUUUCGGGCAACGUGGGAUCUCUGUUUGAUCCCGAAAACCCUCAAAAAUACCAAAAACGUCUACUUCGUUUCGCGUUGACUCGUAACAAGAAACGUAUGGAGGUGACUGAGGUACCCGUUUCGCGUCACUCUCUCAACUCCAAUGAUGUCUUUAUCUUCGACGAGGGCAUUAGAAUGACCCAAUGGAAUGGUGCUCGCUGUGACAACGAGGAGCGUCUCGCUGCGAGAAAGUACAUCGAGAAGUCGCUAAAGUUGCGCAAGACUAAGUGUACAUCGGAGUUCGUUGACGAGGAAGAUCUUCUGGAAAAUAAUGAACUGUAUGCUAAAUUGGGCAAUGCAGCAGUGCCUCCGCGCCCAAUGCGAUUACUUAAGAGCAAAUUCAGGAAGUCGAUGUACAGACUCUCAGACGACUCAAAGAGACUCGCGUUGAGUCACGUGUACACCGACAAGGUUUAUCGCAGUGGCAUCAAUCCUAACGACAUUACCUUUGUGGAUACUCUCCACGAACUGUUCAUCUACAUCGGUCCCGGUGCCAACGAUAAUGAAAGAGGCAGUGUGUGGACCCAGGCUGAUAAAUUCCUUAAGGAAGCCAAUAUGCCAUAUAAGUCAAUCGCCGUUUUCAAUGCCGGUAGUUAUUGCGAUGGCUUUGAGGAGAUUUGGGACGAUCUUCAACAUUAA